AAAGGUGUCAUUUUUUUUUUAUUCCAGUCCUAACCUCACCUUACCCUAUUGAGAGAAGAGAAGAUGCUGCGAGUUGCAGGGAGGAGGCUUCUGUCUCUUCAGCAGAGAUCUUCAACUGCUACCUCCUUCGUCCUUUCCCGAGAUCACUCCAUCUCCAAAGAAGGCGGCGAGGAUGACUCCACCAUAUCUGCAGAUCUUUCGUGUUUCAGUUCUUACCACCGGAGUCUUUUGAGAGGUUUCUCUUCUCAUGUCAUUACUCAAGGAAACGAGAUAGGUUUUACUUCGGAAGUCCCAGCCACCGUUGAGGCUGUCAAGACACCUAACUCGAAGAUUGUGUACGAUGACCACAACCAUGAGCGUUACCCUCCUGGUGACCCUAGCAAGCGUGCCUUCGCUUACUUCGUCUUGUCCGGCGGGAGGUUUGUCUACGCCUCUGUUCUCCGCCUUCUAGUCCUGAAACUCAUUGUCAGCAUGUCCGCGAGUAAAGAUGUCCUUGCACUUGCAUCCCUCGAGGUCGACCUCGGUAGCAUCGAGCCGGGAACUACCGUUACAGUGAAGUGGCGUGGAAAGCCAGUGUUCAUUAGGAGAAGAACAGAAGACGACAUCAAGCUGGCCAACAGUGUGGAUCUUGGAUCUCUGAGGGACCCGCAAGAGGACUCGGUGAGGGUGAAGAAUCCAGAGUGGUUGGUGGUGGUUGGAGUCUGCACUCAUUUGGGGUGCAUCCCUUUGCCUAAUGCUGGUGACUAUGGUGGCUGGUUUUGUCCAUGUCAUGGAUCACAUUAUGAUAUCUCGGGAAGGAUCAGGAAAGGUCCUGCACCGUACAACUUGGAAGUACCAACCUACAGCUUCUUGGAAGAGAAUAAGUUACUCAUUGGUUGAUGAAUAAAAAAGCACAGCAGACAGUGUCUCUGUCUCAAAGAUCCUCAUAUGUUUUUUGUUUUUCUUUCAUAUAUACUUUCCGGCUACAAUUUUAGCGUGCAAGUUCGCGUUCCUCACACUUUGGUUUUCUCAGCAAGUAAAAGAUUGGUUUGGGUUUGCUGAAUAAUACAAACUUGUCAUUGUAUGACUCAUCUCAUCUGGUGAAAUAACACUCUUCAUAGUUUGCAAACAAUUUUGAAUAGUUUAAAUUGAUUUU